GAGGGUGGCGGACGGGCACCCCCUGCAUCGCAUAGGGACAAUGGAGCGGCGCUAGGAUGGACAGGCAUCGCGCUCGUUCCUGAGUGGGACGGGCAGCCACGGCGCGCGCUCCACACUGGAAUGGUGCAGGGCGCCGUGUUAGCUUUGCGCACUCGGCAACAGGCGGAGACAAUGGAGAUACAGCAAAUGUGCACAAAACUAUGCCAACAUAAACGCCAUGACCCAAAGGAUGAUGUUUCUGAGAAACAGGGUCCAGUUACUGUGAAUCCUCGUCACCUGAAAAAAGCUUUUAAAGUUAUGAAUGAACUGAGAAGAUGCUCCAGAGAUGAGUGUAAGGCCAAGGAGAUGGCAUCCGCUGUAGACCUGUUUCGGCGUCAGAAUCUUUUGUGUGAUGUAACACUUGUAGCUGAAGAUACCGAGAUCCCGGCUCACAGAGUCGUUCUGGCAGCCUGCAGUCCAUACUUCCAUGCAAUGUUUACAGGUGAGAUGAGUGAGAGCAAGGCAAAGAGAGUACGCAUUAAGGAAGUGGAUAAAUGGACGUUGAACAUCCUUAUUGACUAUGUCUACACAGCUGAAAUUCAGGUUACAGAAGAGAAUGUUCAGGUGUUGCUUCCAGCUGCAGGGCUGCUGCAGUUACAAGAUGUUAGAAAGAGCUGCUGUGAUUUUCUGGAGUCCCAGCUUCAUCCAACUAAUUGUUUAGGAAUUCGAGCUUUUGCGGAUAUGCAUGCCUGCACAGAACUCCUGAACCAAGCCAACACAUACGCAGAGCAGCACUUCUCGGAGGUUGUGCUAGGAGAGGAAUUCCUCAACCUUGGUAUAGAUCAAGUAUGCGGUUUGAUAGCCAGUGAUAUGCUCACAAUCUCUUCAGAAGAAAAGGUUUUUGAAGCUGUCAUUGCCUGGGUAAAACAUGAUAAAGAGCCUCGACAGGAGCACAUGGCACGACUGAUGGAACACGUCCGGCUGCCCCUUCUUACCCGUGAAUACCUGGUGCAGAGAGUAGAAGAGGAGGCCCUGGUCAAAAAUAACAACGCUUGCAAAGAUUAUCUGAUUGAAGCUAUGAAGUAUCACUUGCUUCCUGUUGACCAACGUGCAUUAAUGAAAACGACCAGAACACGAUUAAGAACACCAGCCAGUGUUCCCAAGGUGCUGGUGGUGGUUGGUGGUCAGGCACCAAAAGCUAUUCGUAGUGUGGAAUGUUAUGAUUUUGCAGAGGAACGUUGGUAUCAAGUUGCUGAACUUCCUUCUCGAAGAUGCAGAGCAGGUGUGAUGUGUAUGGGUGGGCUGGUGUAUGCUGUUGGAGGUUUCAAUGGCUCAUUAAGAGUGAGAACAGUUGACUCAUAUGACCCGGUCAAAGACCAGUGGUUCAACAAUGCCAACAUGCAGGACAGACGCAGCACUCUGGGGGCUGCCGUACUGAAUGGGAUGCUAUAUGCAGUUGGAGGAUUUGAUGGGAGUACAGGUUUAUCGUCUGUGGAGGUGUACAAUGCCAAAGCAAAUGAGUGGUCCCACGUAGCUCCAAUGAACACCAGAAGAAGCAGUGUUGGUGUAGGUGUUGUAGGAGGUGUGCUGUAUGCUGUCGGUGGCUAUGAUGGAGCAUCACGACAAUGUCUUAGCUCUGUGGAGGCCUACAACUCUGCCAAAAAUGAAUGGGCUUAUAUUGCAGAAAUGAGCACACGUCGCAGUGGAGCAGGUGUGGGAGUUUUAAAUGGUUUACUCUAUGCUGUUGGAGGUCACGAUGGCCCACUGGUGAGGAAAAGUGUGGAAAUGUAUGAUGUCUCUACAAAUACCUGGAAGCAGGUUGCCGACAUGAAUGUGUGCAGAAGAAAUGCAGGUGUUUGUGCUGUAAAUGGUCUAUUGUAUGUAGCUGGUGGAGAUGAUGGUUCAUGUAACCUUGCAUCUGUGGAAUAUUACAACCCUGCAUUAGAUAAAUGGAUACUUCUACCACAAUGUAUGAGCACUGGAAGAAGUUAUGCGGGUGUUACUGUAAUUGACAAACCUUUAUGACUAAAGUGUCCUGGAAAUGGUGAACGCUGGAUUCUUCAUUGAAAUGGUACUUACUGAAGUAGCUCAACUUUUUAGCACUUCUUUGCUAAUGAUUACAUUAGAAGCAAGCAUUUAAAGCAAUGUGGAAAAGGACAGACAACUGUGUCUUGUCAGCAAGAAAAGAAGAUUAUGCUGAUUGCACUUGAUAGAAGCACUACAUGAAAAGGGACUACAUUACAGCUAUUAGUGAGUAGUGUUGGAAUGGAGACUUGAUGUAUAGGAUUUAACAUUUUAAAAGCUGCUAUAGAAACACUGAUUUUUGCCAGGCAAGAUGGAUUUGAGCAUUGUGUCAAAGAAACAAACACAUUGUUAUGGAUACUACAGGUUGUGUCCUCACAAAGUUUGUGAAAAGGAAGCAGAUUAGUGGUUACAAUUGUGUUACGGCAAAUAAGUUGCUUCCGUAUGCCUGUCUAUGGAAGCUGAUAUGUAAGGUGGCAACAGAAACAUUUGUGUUCCAGUACCAUAAUUUUGUCUAUGUAUGCUGUUGGUGCAGCACUUCAAAACUUGAUUAAAUAAUUUAUUUUUUAUUUGGUACUGAGAAACUACCAGGUGACAGUUAGUAGUAUUUGUAGGUAAUGAGAGUUUAACACCAAGUUAUUAUAUGGAGAAAAACAAAGACUGUACCAAAACUUUUGAAUGCAUUUUGAAUUUUAAAGGAAAAUUUUGAAUGUAUAAUUUGUUCUUUGUUUUAUUAAAUCAUGUCCACAUUUUAAUGCAUUUCUACAUUUCUGUAACUCUUGAUUUACUUAGUGGUUCUUGGCAUGAAGAAUAGUGUUGCAAGUUUAUAUUAUUAAAUUUCUGUGUAUUUUCCCUGAACUGCAUGUAGUAUUGCCAAUGUGCAGUAUAUUUACAAUUUGCUGCUGUUUAAUUUUGUGUAACACUUGCCAGUUUUGAUUCGUAUUUGCAUAAGUAUGACAAGGAAUAUGAAGACUGAUGAAUAUAUUUGUUUGGGGAGGAAAACCAUUCCUGCAUCACACUACAAUUGUUUAAAUAAAACUUUCUAUUG